AAUCCAAAAAAAAAUUCGUAAUUCCAUAUUCCCUGUUCUUAUAAAGCCCACUUUUGAAAUUCUGCGAUUCAAUGCAUCUCAUAGCAGGAUUUUCACUCAAUCAUACUCUCAUUUUAAAAAGGAGUAGACUUCAUCCUUUAAAACAGACUAAUCCCAUAGCCACUCAGAUGGUGAUGUCAUAAUUGAAGGGGGACUUCUGUAAGAAAUCACUAUAAUUAAAAGGGCGAAACUCAAAAUCGAAACCCUAAACCACUCUCGGCCUCAGCCAGCCUCCUUCCCAAUACCCUGCGCUUUCUUUACCCUGUUCUUUUCCUUUUUUUUUUUUUUUAUAAACCCUAGCUAUCUCUGCAAACUGACUGUCGCUUUAACUCGAUUCAAACCCAAUCACUACCAUCUUCGUCAUAAUUUUUGGUUUUGUGAUUUCCUACACUGUGGAAUAUGCUUCGCAGAAAUAUUAGAAUGAGGCGAGAAUACUUGUACAGAAAAAACUUGGAAGGGAAGGAACGUCAGUUAUAUGAGAACAAGCGAAAAAUUAAUAAAGCUCUAGAAGAGGGUAAACCGAUACCCACAGAGCUGAGAAACGAAGAGCCAGAGUUGCGUCGACAAAUAGAUCUCGAGGAUGUAAACACAGAAAUACCCAGGUCUCAUAUAGAUGACGAGUAUGCAAAUGCUAAUCAAAGGGAUCCGAAGAUUUUGAUAACAACGUCACGUAGUCCAAGUGCCCCUCUAACUCAGUUUGCCAAGGAGUUGAAGAUUGUUUUCCCUAAUGCUCAGCGAAUGAAUCGUGGUGGUCAGGUCAUCUCUGAAAUUAUUGAAACUUGCCGGGCACAUGAUUUUUCCGAUGUUGUGUUGGUUCAUGAACAUCGUGGUGUCCCAGAUGGUAUAAUUGUUUGCCAUUUACCACUGGGUCCAACUGCAUACUUUGGAUUACACAAUGUGGUGACAAGACAUGAUAUUAAGGACAAAAAGUCUGUUGGAACAAUGUCCGAAGCUUAUCCUCAUAUAAUUCUUGACAACUUCAGUAGCAAGCUAGGUGAAAGGACAGCCAAUAUCUUGAAGCAUCUCUUUCCGGUGCCAAAACCAGAUUCAAAGCGCAUCAUAACCCUUUCUAAUCAGUCUGAUUACAUCUCAUUCAGGCAUCAUGUCUAUGACAAACCUGGUGGCCCUAAGUCAAUUGAAUUAAAGGAAGUUGGUCCGCGUUUUGAAUUAAGGCUUUACCAGAUCAAAUUAGGAACAGUUGAUCAGAGUGAAGCCCCGACUGAGUUUGUUAUCCGGCCGUACAUGAACACUGCUAAGAAACAAAAGAUUCUUGGAGAUUAAUUGGAAGACUACCCCAAUACAGUAUCUCAAAUCCCUCGCAUUAAGAGGCUUUCUAGAAAGCUGUGUAUUUUGCAAGGAAUUUUUAUCCAAAAUCAUCUUUUGCCUUUUGAUUUUUAGAGUUCAUAGAAUUACUUGCUAUGUAUUAACUUUUUUUUGUAAAUGUCAUUUUCCUUGGACCUUUCUUAGGAAAUGUUAGGUAUUCAAGAGUGGUGUUCAUUGUCUUGGCCACAACCACAACAUUUCAAACAUACAAAAAUUAUGUGCAUCUUUCUGAAACAUCAUUAGCAUAUAGAUUCUCGAUUAUUUUGGUUGUGCAA